UGUGUGUGUGUGUGUGAGUGUGUGCGCGUGCGCGUGUAACAAACGGUCCGCUUCCUCUCUAGACGCUGCACAAGCUCGUAUCUGACAGCAGCAGUUUCUCCUCCCGGGGGGCUCAUGGUGCCCGGUGGAGGUUGGCAACGGUACCCGGGGGAUUAAUAAAGGAACAGCAGCUCUCAGCAUCUUGUUCCUGCGCUGGUUCUGAUGCAGGAUUCUGAUUGGAUAGCUGGUCGGCCCGUGGAGUCAGAACUGCCCUCCUCAUGCCCUCGCCGGGCCGGCAGGAGUUAAGGGGUGCUGCUGACAGGACGGGGGCGAGCGCGGCGCCGAGAUGACGGGCUGUCUGGGUCACAGGAGCCUGAUGGUGGCGUUCCUGGUUCUGACUGCAGUUCUGGGUUUCUACGUUCUCUGCUUGAGUCUGGACACAAAGUGGAGUCACCAGGACCAGAACACCAUCUACAGCCACAAGAGGCCUCCGGACUCCAGAGGCGGCAGCAGCAACACGUCGGAGGAGGAUCUGCUGACCCUGAAGUUUUUAAUGAUCCAUACAGAUGAAUUUGAGCCGAGAAUAAAGAAACUAGAAUCUCAAAAAGACGCUGAUCCGGAGAUUAAAUCCAAGAGAUUAAUAAAACCUGCUAAAACCGUCACGGUACCAAACAGAACCAGCAGAACCAACACCACCAGCAGAACCAGCGCUCCCAAAGCAGCUGUGAAACCCACAGUGCCGGACUUUAUAGGAGACCGCUACGCCUCCGACCCUGUUCUGAUUCAGACUAGCUGUGCGGAGAGUAUCCGGGCGAGGGUGUCGGGGACGAAUUUCUCGGCGAGGUUUCUGGGGGACGUGCCGGUGCUGCAGUGGGCCGAUCAUUUCUCCCCGGAGGAGUACCGCCGGCUCAGCCGCUACCCAGGAGCCCACGGGUGGGGCAGUGUGGGCAUCGACGUGCUGAACGUCUCGCUGGCCGUCCUGAACACCGCGGCUAACCAGGAGAUGUUUGAUGACUGGGGGAACCGGGGGAACGGGUCGCGGUGUAUCCGCUGCGCUGUGGUCGGGAACGGAGGAAUUCUGAAAGGAUCCAAGAAGGGCGAGGAGAUCGAUCAGCACCAUUACGUCUUCAGGACGAAUGGUGCGGUUAUUAAAGGGUUUGAGGAGGACGUCGGCAGCCGCACCUCCCACUACACCUUCUCCACCAACACCUUACGCAACUCCAUGCGCAGCUACGCCGGCGCCGGCUACCACGGCCCGCCCCUCCACACGGAGACGAGGUAUGUUUUCCUGCCGGAUCACGACCGGGACUAUAUUCUGAUGAGGGCGGCGGCCACUCACACCGCGAUCCUGCAGGGCCCGGAGAAAAGCGCCGGGCCUCCUCAGUAUUUUGGAGCAAACGUGACCGUAGAGAAAUUUAAAAUGUACCAUCCGGAUUUCAUCCGCUACGUCAGAAACAGGUUCCUUCAUUCACACAUGCUGAACACCAGAUACAAGGACAUCUACAGACCUUCUACUGGAGCCGUGAUGCUGCUGGCAGCUCUUCAUACCUGUGAUGAGGUGAACGCCUACGGCUUCAUGACGUCAGACUACAACAAGUAUUCAGAUCACUACUACGACAAAACUCACCAUCCCGUACAUUUCUACGCCAACCAUGACCUGCAGCUGGAGCAGAAGCUGUGGAAGGAGCUGCACGAUGCAGGACUGAUGAAGCUGUACAUGAGAACCUGAACAUGCUGUGUCCUCGAGAGCGGACUCUACGAAAACAUCAAGAACGAACUCUGUGCCAACAUCGAGAACAGAGUCUACACCAAACGCCAACAUUGGGCACGGAGUCUACGGCAAUGUCAAGCACAGACUCUACAGCAACUUCAGGACGUGCAGUGGAAUAAGCUGUGGAAUAAAGACUAAUGCUGUAUGGCUGCUGGAGUUAGCCUAGCCUAGCCUAGCUUAAUGUUCUGUCCAAAGUGAAGGCAAUACGUCCGUUUUGUUUCUUUCUUAAACUUCAUAUUUUUAAUUUAUUGGCCUGGGAGACUGUGAACUGUGAGACUGCAGAUACUCAGGGACUGUGUUUGUGUUUUAGAAGGAAUGCAGUAACUCCCCCGUCUGCUGGGAAUACAUCCUCCCCCCCCCCCCUGGUACUGAUCACUCUGCUCACUCUUCUCACGGCGCCCGUAAACCUUAAAACCUAAAGCUUUCAGCUGUUUGUUCACUGGUAUGUAGGGAUGCACUGAAAUUCAAAUUCUAAUUAUAAAUUAUAGAUGUUAUUAGAUAUACUGUAGUUCUACUCAGGUCACUUGUGAGUAAAAUUAACACAGUUAACACAUUAACGUUAUUAUUCUAGUCCUGUACAGCUCGUAUGGUUAAAUCCUGCUACAGGAAAAAAUUCUAACAUUAAAGGAAACGCCGCUGUUCAGUGAAACACGUUGAUCUCCAAAACUUUACAGGAAUGAAGUAAAACUUUCUUUACUCUUUGUGGAAAUCGCUGUAAAGAGAGUUUGUUUCAGGUCAUUUUGGAUCAUUUCUAUUGGUCAAUUUAUUAAGAAAUUGUGACACAAGAAAGAAUUAUACAUGUGUUUUUUAUUGGGAAGCGACAAAAUACAGUCUGCUGUUCCUGACAAACUAUCUGGGGUAUUUUUACUAUAGAAUAUUUUUGCAGUUGCUUAAGUAUUCAGUGCAUCUCUACUACUGAUAUUGAGCAUUUUUAUCUGAAACAUAUUCCUGAACGGUUGAACAGAAAUCAGAAGUAUAAAUGACUGAAUCGGAGGCAGAAGGGAAGAAGGGUAUUUUGGGCUUUUGUUAUAAACCCAAAAAAUAUCUUUAUUUAAUUAGUUCCAUCUAAUCUCUCCUGUAUUGGUUGGUAGAUCUGAGCUAAAGGAGGAAAUACGGCUCUUUGACUGAAAUCAGAGAGGAAAUGCUCUGGCUGAAGUCAGGCAGCGGUUGGUGGGUUUGGGGUUUAUGGCUGUAUUUAUCGAACCCGUCCAGUAAUUCCAGACCAGUAUCAGACAGACGUCUGUAUGAAGGAGGAACAUCAGAAAGAUGUUCAGUAUAAAGAACUGUGAUACUAGAAGAAGCCUUAAUUUGAAGGUGCCUUACAGUUUAAGGGCUGAAUUUAAUCCACUUUAUUAGUGAGUGUGUGGAUUUAUAAGUGUGUGUGUGUGUAUGGUGUGUGUGUGUGUGUGUGUAUGGUGUGUGUAUGGUGUGUGUAUGGUGUGUGUGUGUGUGUGUGUGU